AUCACCUCUUUUAUAUAUAUCACCAAACAACAAAGGUCCUCUCCUCUUUCAAAGUAGGUCAUCAUUACUUUGAAACCCGUUAUUAUUUUGUCCUAAUUAAAUUCAGGCAACCUCGUCAGCUGACUACAGCGACCAAUAAGGUUUCAUGUAAUACAUUUAAACAAUCCACACCACUCUAUGGGCCAUAUGUUGUCAGAACAAGGAGGAGGGGGCUGCAUCUCCUGCGGAGUUGAAUGUUUCAUUUUACCAAAUAUAGAACAGUUGGCGUCGAGGUUUAGGGUCUAUGAAUACUGUACGGUGCAGUGUAUAGAUAUGCAUACGCUUUGCAUUCAUUGCCAUGGAUGUGGAUUGAAAAAGGGCAGAAGACUUGAUAGUGAAUAGGCAAUAGCAACAGUGAUCCAAAAGUCUAGAGAGGAUGGUUGACAUGCCAAUGAUUUUAACUUUAAGGUAAAGGCAUUGCGAAUUGUUGGUUUUUGAUUUUAUAGUUGAUGUACUGGACAGAUGCUUGCCUUAAAGCUUUCAAAUAUUGGUUAGAUGAAGGACCCAUUACUAUUUCGUCAUUAUAGCGAUAUGUCGCACUCACUUUGUAAAUGGUUACAAUCCAGAGUUAUCCAUCAUUUAUUGAAGUGAACAAGUGUCAUUAACAACGUAAGAAAACAGUGUGACGAUAAUCAUAACAACCAUUUAUUUGUGUUUUACUUACCCGGCCGCGAAUGAUGAACCUCAAAUAUAUUCGGAAAUCGUGUUGCAGUUCUCGAAAGGAAAAUUGCAGACCAGUAGCAUAUAUCUUUAUGUAUUUGUUAAGAAGAAUUAUGAUAUGCUACAAUAUUGCUCUCUUUGUGUUCUUGUUUGCACCGAAUUUGAAAUCGACCACUGCUGACAGGGCCAACGAAGCCCCUCCCUUCCACGGAUACGACCAAUCAGACACCACCACGCUGUCCCUUUAAAAAAAACUCUCUUUGGAGCGGUACCCUCUGGCGGAGCUCGCACCCGGGGACAACAUGGCCACCUGCUUCACCGCCAGCCUAGUGUGGGACCUGAGCGUGCUGCCGGCCCUCUACCUGCCCGCCUCCUCCCUGGAGCCCUCUCCCGCCGUGGGGCCCCUGGACCUCAGCUCCCCCUCUAGCCUCAGCAGCAGCGCCAGUAGCAGCGGAGAAGAGGACGAGGGGAGAACCUCCGACCCCCCCAGCCCCGAGCCCGCGCACACGCACAAACACACGUACGGCCCCCGGCAGCGCAUGAAGUGCACGGGAGUCAAGAGCCUGGCCGUCUCGUCUCCCCGAGAGGAAGAGGUGGAGGAGGAGCGGGAGGCUGCGGCGUCACCCCUGGCAACCAGACCGGCCUUCCUCUGCAAACAUUGCCCCAAAGAGUACACCAGCCUGGGGGCCCUGAAGAUGCACAUCCGCUCGCACACCCUGCCCUGCGUGUGCACCACGUGUGGCAAGGCCUUCUCCAGGCCCUGGCUGCUUCGCGGCCACAUCCGCACGCACACAGGUGAGCGCCCGUUCUCCUGCCCACACUGCAACCGAGCGUUCGCCGACCGCUCCAACCUGCGCGCCCACCUGCAGACGCACGCCGAAGUGAAGAAGUACCAGUGCGGCGUGUGCUCUCGCACCUUCAGCCGCAUGUCCCUGCUGCAGAAACACAGCUCCUCCGGCUGCUGCUCCAGCUCCGCCACGGGCUGAGGGCCGGGGGGGGGGGGAGAGGCCCUCUCCCCUGGAGGGGGGAAUGGAGGGACCUGUGUGAAGGCCUUCAGGCCUAGUGGAAGGCUGAACGCAGCCCGGAGGACCACCAGCAGGGCCGUCGGAGCAUGACUCGCGGUGCUCAGGGUUCAUUUGGAGAGGACGGCCGACGUACCGUGACAAGCCAAAGGCUGCGGCCGGGAUUUGGAUCGCGGAAAAAAAGGAACAGAUACAAUAUCUUGUUUAUGAACUUUGGACUUCUUUCAUUUUUUUUUUUUUUUUUUUUUCUGGUCCUUCAUACUUUAUGGGCUGCUGGAUCAGUGCUGAGUUGAGAGAUUCUGCUCUGGUGCUGGCCCUCUUUGACGGGCCACUUCUUAAACAGACCAAAUAAGUUAAAGCAUCAGAAGGGCUUAGUGGCA